AUGGUCAGAUACAUUUCAUAUGCAUUAUAUCUCGGCCUUGCCUUUUCCCUUUGCGCAGAGACUGUCCUAGGCAAGGAAAAGGACAUAAGCCUGCUGACUCCUGAAGAAAUCGAGAAGAACCUCCAGCAAUGUGCUUUUGUCCAAAAUCUGUCCGAGCAUAAAGUAAAGAAUGCCCCGCCGCAUGCAUCCCUGACCACGAAACUCUUCGAGCUGCUGUUCCCAUCCUCCUCGCCGGCAAUCAAUGCUCUUCUCGCAACGGCGUACAUUUCCGGCCCACCAAACUUGCUGUUGGCACUAUGCCCUCCCAACAUUGACCCGUCGUCCCUAAGUGUCAUGGUCGCUUUCGCAGUCGGCGGCUUGUUGGGCGAUACUUUGUUCCAUCUCCUCCCCGAGAUCUUUCUAGGCGAAGACGAGCACGAUCGAGUCAAGUUUGUGAUGGUCGAACCAAACCGUAACCUUUUGUUAGGAGUUGGAAUUCUCGUUGGUCUGGUGACAUUUAUGGCCAUGGACAAGGCCUUACGCAUCGCAACUGGAGGGAGUGGCCAUUCACACGAGCACAGUCCCACUGACACACGCUCCGACACUCAAACGGCCAACGGGACGGUCUCGACAUCCGGCGCGACCAAGAAGGAAGCCAACGCUGGCGAACUACGCAAAAGGAAGGGGGCUAAAACAGACGACAGGGGCGAAUCGGAACAUGGCAAGUCCGACAAGUCGCCCACUAACCCGUCAGCCAAACUUGCCGGGCUUUUGAACCUCAUUGCCGAUUUCACCCAUAACAUCACGGACGGGCUGGCCUUGUCCUCUAGUUUUUAUGCCUCGCCUGCAUUGGGUGCUACGACGACCAUGGCCGUCUUUUUCCACGAGAUACCGCACGAGGUCGGCGACUUCGCACUCCUUAUUCAAUCCGGCUUCUCCAAGCGCAAAGCCAUGGGGGCUCAGUUCGUCACUGCUGUCGGCGCGUUCCUCGGAACAUGCAUUGGCAUAUUUGUCCAAGAAUAUGGCGGUGCAGCGAGCUCUGAUCCAGCCGUGGCGAUCAAGGGGAUCUGGGGCACCAGUUUGCAGUGGGGGGAUAUGCUGCUUCCUUUCACGGCGGGCACAUUCUUGUAUGUCGGUACGGUGGCCGUCAUCCCGGAGUUACUGGAAACCGGGCCGCAUAAGGCCCUAGAGCUGAGGAAGACAGCACUGCAAUUUGGCGCCAUGUUUAUCGGAGCGGCGAUUAUGCUGGUGAUUUCUUGGUCAUGA